UUGUGAAUAUGACAUUAUUAAUAUAAUGAAUGACAUUAUUUUAACCAGACGUGAGCAAUUUAGAACAGAAAUUCGCAAACAAUCAUUAGAAAAAAUGUUUAAACUCAAAAGAACAUUUCCUAUCCUAUCAACUCUUUAAACAUAACAAAAUUUGAAUCUAAACCAAUUUGAGCUCAAUUCUACAGAUCAAAUUAAACAUUAGAUUCAAAACAUUUUAAAUAAACCAACCAACACCAAUAUUGAAAAACUUAUUAUUUUGAUAUAAGAACUUGAUAUUUAGAAUAAAAUCAAUCUUGUAGAUAAAAAUGUUUAUGAAUUACUUAAAUCACCCAAUUUAGACUUAAAUCUUACUUUACUUUUAAUGAAUACACUCUGUAGCGAACCUGUCAUUAUCAAACACAUAUUUUUAGAUUAAAUUUAAACUGAUAGAAUAAUGCAAUUCUUAAACUACCUUUAUAACAAACAAUAGCAUCUUAAUAUUUUUAUGUAUUGGGAAUUUUUAUGUAUUCUAUCGAUAUCUUCAAAUACUCCAUUUAUAUGUCUUAAAUAGAUUUAUAUUCUCUGUUGUAAAGAGGUUAUAGAAUCUCGAAAUAACACUAUAUCAUUUUCAGCUCAAACUUUUUCAUGUAUAAUUGAGAAAAAUCCUGUUAACCUUUAAUUCUAUUGGGAUACUAUAAAUUAAUUAGAUGAUGAAGGUAGAAGACCUUGGAAAUCUAUAUUAUAUUUUUUAAAACAAUCCUAUGUUGAUGAAAAUUCAUGUCAAUAUUUUUUACUUACAAUAAAUUAUUUUAUCUAAUAUUUUAGUAAUAAUUUUGAAGAUUAAAAAUUUCAUUAAAUUGUGAAUCCAGAAUUAAUUUCAAUUUUAUAAUUCAAUAUGUAUAGACACGAAAAAACUUUAAUUAUUUCUGCUUAAUUGUUCUAAUCCAUUUUUCACAAAGAUAAUUCUUAUUUUUCAUUAAUAGUUAAUGAUUUAGUAAAAUUAUUAUACAAUACAACUAUGGAAGGUUUAAUAGAAAUAUUAAAGGUAUUUGAGAUUCUUUUAACAAAUGAACAAAUUGUAAAAUCGACAAUUAGAUCCUAAAACAUAGUUGAAUAAUUAUUCAAUCUUCUAAGAUCUAACAUUUUAGUGGCUAUUAAUGAUUUGGCUCUUAAAUGCAUUUCUAAUUCAAUUACUCGUUGUUCAAACAUUUAACAUUUUCAAAUCAUUUGCAAUAAAUAAUAUAGAUAAACAUUAGAGAUGUAUACACUUGAUGUAAAUAAAUAACUUUAAGAUAUGGCUUAAUAACUUUUAGAUUUUUACUUUGAAUAUUGA